AUACCAAGUUGUACUAGUACAACCAUAUAAGUAAUUAAUACCUGAAGUCUCAAUGUCUCAUGGACAUUAACAGUGAUGACAUAAAUACAGAUGCUUGGGAGUCAAAUACUAGGCGAAAUGCUUUUAAAAAGUGCAAUUGUAUGUUGGUUUUUAAGAAACACUACAGGAUCCUGUCUAUCUUAAUGAGGCCGAGCUCAGCUAAAGGAAUUUAGGAGGUUCUAGUAUUCUCCAUGACUGAAGCUGAGAGUCUGAAAUCCUGAUGUGGUAAGCUCUAUUCUAGAUCAUAGCUCCAACUCCUUCAGGAUAUAAAGAAAAGAGAUUAUAUUUCCACAAUGAUAGAUCUUUGGUUGUACAGGUUUCCCAACGAGAGGAUCACGAUGACCGUGUUGUAGGGACUUGCCAUAGUAUGGCUGCUUCCCGAUCUACUCAUGUUACAAGAUCAACAGUGGGGUUAAACGGCCUGGAUGAAUCUUUUUGUGGUAGAACUUUAAGGAAUCGUAGCAUUGCUCACCCUGAAGAAAUCUCUUCUCAUUCUCAAGUACGAUCCAGGUCACCAAAGAAGAGACCAGAGCCAGUGCAAAUUCCAAAAGGAAGUAAUAAUGGAAGAACCACUGAUUUAAAACAGCAAAGCACUCGAAAGUCGUGGGUAAGCCCUAGGAAAAGAAGACUUUCUUCUUCAGAAAAGGACAACAUAGAAAGGCAGACUGUAGAAAAUUGUGAGAGAAGGCAGACAGAACCUAUUUCACCAGUUUUGAAAAGAAUUAAGCAUUGUCUUAGAUCUGAAGCACGAAACAGCUCAGAAGAAGAUUCACCUAUCAAAUCAGACAAGGAGUCAGUAGAACAGAGGAGUACAGUAGUGGACAAUGAUGCAGAUUUCCACGGGACUAAACGAGCUUGUCGAUGUCUUAUACUGGAUGAUUGUGAGAAAAGGGAAGUUAAAAAGGUGAAUGUCAGUGGGGAAGGGCCACUUACUUCUGCAGUAGUUGAAGAAAUCAUGGGCUAUUUGGCUGUCAAUGGUGUUGAUGACAGCAAUUCAGCUGUGAUAAACUGCGAUGACUGUCAGCCAGAUGGGAACACCAAACAGAAUAGCACGGGUUCCUAUGAGUGGCAGGAGAAAUCAGCAGCUGAAAAUGGGGAUUCGGAUACCCAGCCUUCAAGGUUCCUUGGUAGUAGAAAGGAGGACAGCUGUAUAGAUCAUAACGUGCCUUGCACACAUUCAGAAGUACAGGGCAAGUUGGAGGACCACAAAGUUGUAACUGCCUGCCUGUCUGUGGGACAAGUUGCUCAACUGACGGCUGAGCCAGCUUCAGGCUCCUUUUCUGAAAUUCAGUCAUCUUUAAGAGAUUCUGAGGAGGAAGUCGCUGUGGUGGGAGAUACCAAUGCCUCAAAAUAGCAGUGUCAUGAAAACACCAACAACGACCUGGACACGAGUCCGGAGAGUGUGCCGGUGUCUGGAGGACCAGAACUAUUUUCUGUUCUAGACUGCAUUUCAGCUCAAAUGAUGUCUUUAUCAGAACCUCCAGAACAUCGUUAUACCCUGAGGACCUUGCCACGAAGGGCAGCCCCUGCCAGAGGCAGUCCCACUAAAAACAGUUCUCCUUGCAGAGAAAACGGACAAUUUGAGGUGAAUAACCUCAGUUCCAAUGAAGCAAAUGCAGCCAUUAGUGAUAACGCAAGUGAGUCUCCCACAAAUCCUGAUGAGAUUUCUCCAAAUGACAAAGGGAUGUGUUGUCACUCUCAGAAUUAUGGAAGUGAAUGGCUAAGGAAACCAUCCUCAGAGGCAAGCCUCAAUACUGGACAUUUGCCAUCUGCCAAAGAAAGUGCCAAUCAGCACAUUACAGAAGAGGAAGACGAUGACCCUGAUGUUUAUUACUUUGAGUCAGAUCAUGUGGCACUGAAACACAGCAAAGAUUAUCAGAGACUGUUGCAGACGAUUGCUGUCCUCAAAGCGCAGCGGUCCCAGGCAGUCCAAGAUCUCAAGAAUUUAGGCGGACACCAGAGAGAAGCACUGAAAAAUCCCAUUGGAUUUGUGGAAAAACUCCAGAAGAAAGCUGAUAUAGGGCUUCCAUAUCCACAGAGAGUUGUUCAGUUGCCUGAGAUUGUAUGGGACCAAUAUACUCAUAGCCUUGGGAACUUUGAAAGAGAAGCUAAAAAUUGUAAAAGACACACUAAGAGAGUUAAGCUAGUUUUUGAUAAAGGUUUACCUGCUAGACCAAAAAGCCCUUUAGACCCUAGGAAGGAUGGUGAGGCCCUCUCGUACUUAGUACUGCCCCUGAGUGACAGUCCAGAAGCAAGCAGUCGGCCUCAGAGGAUAAGAGGGCGCCUGUGUGAUGACACCAAACCCGAAACAUUUAACCAGCUGUGGACUGUCGAAGAGCAGAAAAAGCUUGAGCAGCUCCUCCUGAAAUAUCCUCCUGAAGAAGUAGAGUCUCGGCACUAGCAGAAGAUAGCAGAUGAGCUGGGGAACAGGAGAGCAAAACAGGUUGCCAGCCGAGUACAGACGUACUUCAUAAAGCUAACGAAAGCCGGUAUUCCAGUCCCAAGCAGGACCCCAAACCUGUAUAUAUACUCCAAAAAGUCUUCAACAAGCAGACUACAGCACCCUCUUAAUAAGCAUCUCUUUAAACCUUCCACUUUCAUGACUUCUCAUGAACCACCAGUGUAUAUGGAGGAAGAUGAUGACCGGUCCUGCUUUCACAGCCGCAUGAACACUGCUGGCGAAGAGGCGUCGGAUGAAGAAAGUAUUCCUAUCAUGUGUAGGAACUUGCCUGAAUAUAAAGAACUGUUACAGUUUAAAACUAAGAAGAAGAAGCUUCAGAAAAUACAUACUGAGGGUAGAUUUGUGCAGCAUGUGGGCUUCAAGUGUGAUAACUGUGGCAUAGAACAUAUCCAGGGCGUUCGGUGUCACCGCCUGGAUUGUCCUCCAGAGAUGUCCUCAGAUUUCUGUGAUUCUUUUUCAGACUGUCUACAUGAAACAGAUAUUCACAAGGAAGAUCACCAACUAGAACUUGUUUAUAGGUCAGAGACAUUCUUAGACAGAGAUUACUGUGUGUCCCAGGGCACCAGUUAUAAUUACCUUGACCCAAACUACUUUCCAGCAAACAGAUGA